AUGGAAGAAAGUGAUGAACAGCCUAUCUCGUUAGGGAAGCAAGAAAUUAGAAGGAGAAGGCGACCCAGCCAACCAAUGGUAGAUAAGUCACAGCAGACUGAAGCAACAGAAAAAAAGAAACCCAUGGCUGUACUACAACCUCCUGCCCCCAAAGGUACCUUCAGUAUUGAUAAUAUUUCUGGAAGCAAAAGCACCUAUCCUGCAAAGGAAUAUGAGCCUGUAAGACUGUCCUCUCAACUUCAGAAAACUUGGGUGAAGAGAAAGUGUGGCCAGAUAGUGACUGACAAAUCAUUGCAGACAGACACUGCUGUUGAAGAAAAAUUGGAAGUCAUAUUCAUUGAUAAAUCACUUACACUUGAAGAAAACCCAGAAACAGCUCCAGAAUUUCCACUGAGUGUUCGAAAUGCAGAGAUUCCAACAAGCAGAACCUGCACUCAUCUUACAGACAGAUCUCAGCAGACCAGCUGUACUGGAGACUGGAGUGUGGUGAAUAUUUGCCCAAAAGCUAAAACAGACAAAGAACAACAGACCUACUUCAGUGAGUUAGAAAUUACUGUCAUGUCUAUGCCAGGUAGCUCUUUGAGUAAAUCAAAGGAAGAAGUAAUACCUGUUGAAAUAAAGGCUUCUCUUGAAAUAGAUGUACUGUCAACUGAAAAAGUCUCUAAUGUCAUGAUGUCUUUCACUGAAGGGGAGAUUUCUGCUGAAUUUCAGGCCCUACCAGCUGAUGAAGCCACAGCUAAAGCAAUGCUCUUCCUUACAGAGGAGAUGCCUAGCUUCAUACCGUCUCCACUUGAAGAGAUCUCUGCAGCUGAGACAGCCACUUCAACUAUGAAAGUUGCUGUGAAAAUACAGCCUCCAUCAAGUGUUGAGCUUCAUUCUGUACAGAGCUCCCUUUCAGUGCAAGAGGCUCUUCCACAUGAGCCUUCCGAUCAACAGAAUCCUGAAGAUGUUGAGGUGGCUCCUUCAGAACUUUCUACUGAAGUUCUGGUUCCAUUCACAGAAGAGGUGCUUGGGAAUGUUCAAGCUUCAGCAGUUGAGAGUCUCUGUGAAGAAACCUCGGGUAGUGUAGAACCUACUCCUGGUGAUGUGCAACCUCCACCAUCUGAUGAUGCAUAUAGUGAAGUUCUUUAUGGAUUACAGUCACCACCAGCUAAGCAGUCAGUAGAAGAGGACUCUGCAGAAGUUGUUCCUUUACUAAAUGAGGAACUUCCUACAGAUGAGGUCUUUGCAGCAGGUCAUCCUCCAUCAACAGAAGAUGCUCUCAAAGAAGUGCCUCCUGCAGAAGAAGUUCUGCCUCCACCAACUGAAGACGAACCUGAAGAAGAAACCUCUGCAGAAAUUCAGGCUCUACCAGCUGAGGAAGCCCCUGGAGAAGAGACUCCUGCAGAAAGUCCACCUCCACAAACUGAGGAGAGCCCUGCAGAAACUUUGCCUCCACCAGAAAACCCUGCAGACGCUCCACCUCUACCAGCAGAGGAGAUCCCUGCAGAAGCUCCAUUUCUACCAGCAGAGGAGAUCCCUACAGAAGCUCCAUCUCCACCAGCAGAGGAGAUCCCUGCAGAAGCUCCAUCUCCACCAGCUGAGGCAAGCCCAGUGGAGGUCCUAUCUCCAUCAGGCAAGUCUCCAGCAGAAGAGGCCUCUGCAGAAGUUCAGCCUUCAUCUCUUGAAGGGGUUCCUCUAGAAGGUCUUCCUCUAGAAAAAGAAGUUGUGAUUCUACAAGCUGAAGAGAUCCCUCUAGAAGAUUUAUCUGAAGACGUGCAACCACUGCCACUUGAGAAGGAGAAUGUUGCAGAAAGGAUCCCAGUUGAACUUUAUGCUCUUCAAGUUGAAGAAUACCCUGCAGGAGAGACCACUGUUGAAGCCCAACCUUCAUCAUUUGAGGAUGCUCCAACAGAAGACCCCCUUACUGAAGCUCAGCUUCCAGCAGCUGAGGCAAGCCCUACAGAAGAGACUCCCAUAGAAGAGGCACCAGCUGAAGUUCAGUCUCUACCAGCUGAGGAGGUCUUUACUGAAGUAGUCACAGUGGAAGAUGCCCCUGCAAGAGAAGCUGGGUCUCCUUCAUCCGAGGGGGCUCCUACAGAAGAAGCCCAAUUGACAUCAGCUGAAGAGAUCCCUGGAAAACCUUCUGCUGAUGUUCAACCUCCACCACCCGAGACCCCUGCAGAAGAGUCUCCAGUUGUUAAACAGCCUUCAAAAACUGAUGUGGUUCCUACACAAGAGCUUCCUGUGGAAGAGAAGCCUGCUGAUGAUCCACUUCCACCUUCUGUACAAACCCCUAAAGAUAAGGAUCUACCAAAAGAUGCCGAGGUAUCAAGCAUCUCAGACAAAGAAUUAGACCCUGCUACUUCGACAGGUGGUAAAACACCGGAAACACCGGGAGUGUCUAGGAACAAAGAUGAUCAGUUCCCCACUUUCAAAAUAGAAGGUACCAUUAAAAUAGAAUUAAAGAGCUCCAUCUCCUGA